GGGUGCGGAGGGGGAGAUGGGGGACCUACACGUGACCUCCCGCGUGGGGCCCCGCCUAUCCCUGGUCCAGGGGAUGAAAGCGCCCAGCGAGGACGGGAGGGGGUGGGCGGAUCCUAAGAAACCCUACCCGGCCGCCCUUGGCAGCAGCUAAGGCGGAGGGCGCGGCUCCGCGGCCGGCUAGCCCUGGCGACUGCACCGGAGGAGGAUGGCGACCGCAACCUGGGCUUCGCGGGUGGCUACCGUGGAGGCGAGGACUGCGCAGAGAUUCGGCGUGUGACUAGGAGCGCACCUGGGGAGGAUGGACGAGGGGACGGGAAACAGCUAACGGGGCUCUCUCUCCGCGCCGAGUCCGCGGAAGCGCACGUCGUGGAUCCUGAGCGGCUCUGUAGACAGCAGCGGCAGUGGCUAGCUCCUCUCAGGCCAUGAGGAGUGCUCGGGCCGCCUGGCCAGGGGACGCCGUCGGGGCUGGCUGUGUCCUGCUGCGCUGAGGGCGUGAGGCUGAGAGGGGCGCAGGCGGCCGGACUGCGCCGGAGAGCAGCGCCAUGGCGAAGGAGGAGUGCAAGGCACUACUGGACGCGCUCAAUAAGGCGACUGCAUGCUACCACCACCUGGUACUGACCAUCGGCGGCUCCGCGGACUCGCAGAACCUGCGAGAGGAGCUGCAGAAGACGCGCCAGAAGGCGCAAGAGCUGGCGGUGGCCAUCCGCGGCCGACUGACACCUCCGCUGCGCGACCGGGGCCUGGGCGCUGAGGAACGUGCCGAGUUCGAGCGCCUCUGGGUGGCCUUCUCUAGCUGCCUGGACCUGCUGGAAGCGGACAUGCGGCGUGCGCUGACCUUGGGCACCGAGUUCCCGCUGAAUAAGCCGCUGCGGCCGCUCGUGCGUACCGGGGUGGAAGGCGGCGCAGCGAAUGUAGCGGCGCGCGCCUUGAGCGCCCGCAGCCUGCGGCACGAGGCGGAGCGCGGCUUCGACGUGGAAGACCUUCACCAGCUGGAGCGGGAGAUCCUUCAGGUGGGCGAGAUGAUCCACGAUAUGGAGAUGAAGGUCAACGUGCCCCGCUGGACGGUGCAGGCCCGGCAGGCGGCAGGCGCCGAGCUCCUGGCCAGGCCCAGCGCCGGCGUCUCCUCGAUGCGCUGUGUGUCCGUAGAGCAGCGCAUGGGGCCUUGCGACCCGAGCAAGGCCCUGGCCGCCACCAUCUUCAGCGCCGUGCUGCUGGCGGCUGUGGCCUUGGCCGUGUGUGUGGCGAAGCUGAGUUGACCCAUAUGCGAACGACCUCCUCGCUACCCGGAGACACCCCUCGGAGAACAUCUGCAACCGCCAGGACUAGGGAUGAGAGUGGGAUCUGGCAUGUUUAAGGGGAGCGGUUCUAAAACCCUGCGUGUGUACGUGUAUGUUUAUACGCGCGUUUCAAGCACACAUCUGCCUGGGCAGAACAUGGCUUCCUCUUGAUGGCCCGGGAGGAGUUAAUUUUGCGCGGGCCACCGGGUCAUUACCGCUAAUGUAUGCAGGAGCUUUAUCCCCUAUUAAUAGAAAACCAUUCGUAGUGAGCGGAGAUUCCUCCGAGUUAAUACCGCCUGUGCUGCCGGGGCGUGUUUACACUGAGUCUGAGCUUGGUGUCCCCACCCCUGCCGGUGAUUCCCAUUCUCCGAGUGGGGCAGUUUGGAAAGAGGGGUGAGGUGAAAUGAAGUGUGUUUUGGCCUGUGUGUGUGUGUGUUGGGUUUCUUUUCUAGACGAGAAAACAAAUUGCAAUAAGAGGUAAGCAGUUUUUAUUACCUUAAUCCUUUGGGGCCUAAGCUUAGGAGAGUGUGCAAAUAGAAGUUCAUGCAACGUGCUUUCUUUUAGCACACGAUUACACACUUCUGCACACCCUUGCCUAUUGAAAAGGGCUCUGCCCAGUCAGUCUGGAAGGGGUGCAAGCUUUGGGAAGGGCCACUGGCUAUCUAAACAGGCACUUUCUCCUUAGCUGGGGCUUAUUUUUGUUCCAGAACUAGACUAGAGUUUUUAUCCUCCUUUGGGGGAGGGCUGGGGAAUCCUCUUUGGAGCCCUUAAUCCUAUCUAUCCCUUGGAAUUUGCUUGCUGGCCAGUAGGAGAGCUGGCUUUGGAGGGAGCUGCACAGCUCCCUGACCUGGACACUGCCCCCUGAGAGGGUCAAGUGGGGCAUCACUGGGCACAGAGGUCUUGAGCCAAUUAGCCCUGAGACUGGGUUAGAACAUAACAGCUUUAACUUCAAAUUUAAGGAGAUUAAAAAAAAAAUCAUUUGUUAGAAAAAUCCUGUAGCCACAUUGUGUACUGUCAAAGCUGUGUUUUUUUUAUAAAGGACAUUUGGCCACGAAUUCAUACGGGUGCCAAUGAGUCAUACACAGUGUCUUUACUUAUAUACUUAGAUUGCUAAACAUACAUCUCCACCUAUUUUUAAAAUCUAUCUUCUUAAGGUAGGAGAUCAUAGCAUAAACUACUGGAACCGCAGAUGUAGAUGACAGAAGUUAGGUGGCCCUAGCCUCUUUGUGGCAGUAAAUAAGGAAAUGUGGUAAACACCUUAGGUCCCAGGCUAGAAUUUGCCUGAGCACUGCCUGAAUUUGCCUGAGCACUGAGCUCCCACCUGUGGAUCAGAGAGAGCCUUGUUGGGGAAGUAAGGCUGAGAAAACAGAUGCGUUUAACUCUGAAGGUAGUUUGGAAUAAAACCCAGAGAUUGGUUUGGCUGAAAAGUGACACGGAUUUUUUUUUUUCUCUUUUUUUUUCACCCCAGAAGUGAGAAAGGGGACUAGGAGGAGGGAAUCGGCAAGUUUUCACAAGGGCAGUUUGGAGGGUCAAGGGUCAGAAGCAAAUAGCAGCAGUAGUGCUGUCUGGGCACCCAGUCCGACGGGCCACCCUCUCCCAGCCUUGAUCACCCACUCCCACUCCCACUCCUCCUGAGCACACAGAUUCCAGUACUGUAGAUAGUGAAAGCAGAGGAUCUGUUUGUGUGUUUCUGUGAUAAUGGUUUUAAAAGACCCAGAAGUCUUAAGCCGAUUAAGAGUUCUAUAACAAUAACUAAUAAAAGGAACUCCUUCUGCUUCAUCCGAUCUGGGUGACUGAAUUGGGCCAUGUCAAAUUCUUUUUACACCUGCCUUCCCAGGGUACCUUCAGAAAUGACACAGAAAGUUUCCUAACUCCCCUCUUCCUCAUCCCACAUGCAACACAACACAGAAUCUCUGUCACCUUCCCCAAAGUCUCAUUUCUUUCAGGUAAGGGGAGGCUGGGGGGACUUCCCUGGUGGCUCAGUGGAUAAGAAUCCACCUGCAUUGCAGGGGACACGGGUUUGAUCCCUGGUGCAGGAAGAUCCCAUGUGCUGUGGAGCAACUAAGCCCGUGUACCAUAACUAGUGAGCCUGUGCUCUAGAGCCUGUGGACCACAACUACUGAGCCCGAGUGCUGCAACUACUGAAGCCCUCGCGCCUAGAGCCUGUGCUCCGCAACAAGAGUAGCCACCACAAUGAGAAGCCCGCGCACCACAACGAAGACCCAAUGCAACCAAAAAUAAAUAAAAUUAAAUCUUUAAAAAAAAAAAAAAAA